UGACGUCAUCACGUACAGCGGGACGUCUCGGAGAAGAUAAACAAAAAGGAAGGAAGCCUUCGGCAACACAAUCGCGGCAAAAUUGGUUCAAAAUUUUAGCUUGCAAGCUAUAGUUAGCGGCUACAUGCACUCUUUUAUUGCUUAGAAAGCUACCAAUAGGCGUUCACAACCAUGGACGACGCAGUAAUAUUCCGUAUGAGCGCAUUUUCCGAGCAAGGGGGGAGAAAAUACAUGGAGGAUGUUGUCGAGAUAAGAAUCGAGUACGAGCCGACGCCGUCGCCAGCCGAAGAUUAUCCAAAGUCGCAGAGACAUGGAGGGCAGGGAAAGGAGGAAAGCGAGCCCACCAAACAGACUGAAAACGAGACGCAUAGUCAAAACGUAGCUGCAGAGUCUGGUCCAGCCUCUGCUGUGUGGGUAGAGAGUUUGUCUAAUGAGGACAACAGCGGCAACAUCGGUGCACCAGGAUCCGGCGAAAAAGACGCAGAGCAUGUUGUCGACACUCGGAAGUCGGUGGCGUUUUUCGCCGUGUUUGAUGGCCACGGAGGCCGGGAAGCGGCACAUUUCGCAAGAGAGAACCUGUGGGGUUUGUUGAAAAGGCAGCGGGGGUUUUGGUCCAAGGAUCACAGUGAAGUGUGUGCAGCUCUUCGGAAAGGGUUCAUCGCCUGUCAUCACGCAAUGUGGAAAGAGCUGCCGGAAUGGCCAAAGACUAUCACCGGCUUGCCCAGUACAUCGGGCACCACAGCCAGUGUUAUUGUGAUCCGUGGAGUUCACAUGUAUGUCGCCCAUGUGGGGGAUUCAGCAGUAGUGGUCGGAGUAAAGGAAAACGACUCCGAUAUUAUGCUGCAGGCACUUGAAGUAACACAAGACCAUAAACCUGAACUUCCUAAAGAAAAAGAGAGGAUUGAACGACUGGGGGGCAGUGUAAUGAAGAAAUCUGGGGUGAACCGUGUCGUGUGGAAGAGGCCCAGGCUGACCCACAAUGGCCCUGUGAGGAGGAGCACUGUCAUUGACCAGAUCCCAUUCCUGGCUGUAGCCCGAUCCCUUGGUGAUCUCUGGAGCUACGAUUUCUACAGUGGGGAGUUUGUGGUUUCUCCAGAGCCUGAUACCACCGUGAUGACCCUCGACCCCAAACGACAUCGCUACAUUAUCCUAGGCAGCGAUGGACUGUGGAAUAUGAUGCCACCCAAGAAUGCUGUUAAUAUGUGCUAUAGCCAUGACAAAAUGGUGGGACCAAAAGGAAUGUCUUGCGCCCGUCGGCUGGGGUGCACGGCUUUACUGUUUUGGAAGGAACGCAUGCUACGCGCUGACAACACCACAGUCAUUGUGUUGGCCCUGCAGGAGCGUGGAGGCCCGCCAAUCCCUAUGCAUCGAGAUGAAAUUGUUGUUGACAUGGCUACAGGAAUUGACCACGUUCCAUACCCGGGAACUACUUAUAACACGUGUGAGAUCCCAAAGCAGAGUGACACAGAGAACGCUCUCUCACCAUUCAAAGAAAGACCCACAACUCUGGAGCAGGCAUUCGGGCUGUACGAAGCAGCUUUCUGUGCCACCACACAGCUCUUACCCGACGUAGACUCUGUAAGGGCCACGCUGCCCCCUUCAGAUGGUUCGGUGAAUGUUUUCGAAAAGCAAGAGCCAACGACCCAAAUGGACUGUAGUGCUUCCCCUCCGCUCAAAAGGUCUCGCCGUUGUUCGAGCGCCUCCCCUGAUCUUAAAGGUCCUCAUCGUCGGCUCGGCCGGUCCCCCAACAAAAGUCUGUCCCAGAAGACACCUCACGGCCAAACACCAAGUGAACAAUCUCGGCAAACUCGUGCUCAAACUAGAGAAAGAAGCUCCUCUGAGGAGCGCGGCAUCCUACCACAGCACCACAACGCUGCCUUGUGUGUGUGCUGAAUCUCGUCAACAGCUUCUGCCCCGACACUACAACAAUAAUCACCAAGUACCAGGUGUGCUGCAGGCCUGUUCCUAGAUGUAUACUUUUUAUACAAGCUCUGUUGUAAAUAUACGAGGAGUGGAGGUUGUAAAUGUGUUGCUGUUUUGCUCCCUUUCUCUCUUUUUGUUUUUGUUUUUUUAAAUUUUGCUCCUCUUCCUACCCCCUCUUUAAAUUUCAGUGUUCUAAUCUAAAAUCUGAAAUUUUUCGAAUUGUUCAAAAUGCCCUAUUUUCAUACUUUUUAAGUAUGUACAGUAUAUCCAAGAACUGUGACCCUCGAGAUCAUUCAUUUUAGAUUUUUAUUAAAGUAUUUUUCGAUUAUUUUACUUGAUGGAUGGUAUAAUGUGCCGGCCUUUGCUUGACUGGGGUCGAUAGCUCAGAUUGUUUGGAAUUUAAUAUAGAUUAAAUGUGCUUUGAUGCCAUUGUCUGGGAUUGUUUGACAGCUACUAUGCUUCAGUGCUGUGGAGUUUAAAGUUUUAAGGGUAUAUUCUACUAUUCUACAGUUGUCUGGAACCCCCUAGAGAUGGUAAUACUGUAGGAUGCAAGCAAUGGUCUGAGGUAAUUAUGCGGGUAUUGAUUUUGAAUCUGUGUUGUUUGUUUUUUUGUCUUUGGUUUAUUAAGUACCAUCAUGAUCCCAACUGUUACUCAGCAAAUUGAUUCUUAUGCAUGGCUUGUAAGGAGGUGUUACAGGGUCACUUCACCCUCAUCAGCCAAAAAAAAGCAUAUACUACAUGCUCUCAUCUUUUAGAUGUAUGUGAACUGACCCUUUAAUGGUAGGUCAUUUUGGCUAAAUUUUCAUGUUCCAUUCUAAGCACCUUCAUUUAAUUAUUCCUCAUCAUCUGUCCAAUUAAAUGACAAUUUUAUGUUGUGUUAAAAUUGGACCUGUUUGAAUGGUAAAAGCAGGAAUGGAGAUGGUUGGCUUUACUGGGUGUCUACCUGUCCACUAGGCACAAACACAAUUUCAACAUGUCUUCCUCUGUUCCUAUAUACUGUAUCUUCCGUGUACGGUUUGCAUCCAUAACUUGGGUUUUUAAUUCGCACAGACAACACUUUAUGGUAUGUAUGUUGAAUACAGUAAGUGCCAGAUUCACGACAAAAUGAUCAAAGUUGUAACUUGUGUUCAUAUGGCAGCUCAGUUACUGUUUUAGCUGAUUUGUUGCCUUCUUUUUACAUAAAAUGUCAUGGUUGCCUUAGCACAAUUGAGUCAGAGGUGCUUUUCAUAUGUGUUCAUAUUUGGGACCCAGACAAGUGAGAAUCUCCAGGAUAUGUCGGUGAAAGCACGGCUGUCGCCCGGCCUCGGCUGUUUAUCAUGCACCUUCAGUUCUACUUUGGUGUCAUUCUACCAUUUGCACUGCAGCACACUAAACCUGCUCCGUGUGGUUAAUGUUUCCCAAUGAUUUCGAGCAGUCUGUUCAUUUUUGUACAGUACGUCAAUAUGCAAUAGAAGUUUGUACAGUACAUUAUUAUGCAAAGUAAUUGGGUUUUUCAGGAGUCUGGCAUGCUCAGAUCUACUCUGUAUGUUGUGAAGUGUCCAGAGAUAAUGGAUGUUAAUGGGCAUGUGGUGUGUCUUGACAAUUACAAUACUUUGGUCUGACUUUGUAACCAAUGCAGCCAGUUUGCAGGACUGACUGUUACAUACUUUGAAAGUGACUGGAUAUAUAAUAUUUGUGUGUUGUAAUAAAGUUCUCAUUUUUCAAAUGGUG